UCUGUUUGAUCUUGAGCUGCGUAGUGGUUGUGACUUUCAGUUUCCUUUUCAGGUUCCUAAGUGUACCCAGGAGCCCAGAGAUACGCCCAGUUAUUACAAAGGAGCACAGCUGGCAGCUGGAUCCAUACAACUAAGAAGAGCUGGAUCGUGUUCUUAUUCGGCCAAGAGAGGACUCCUUCAUGAGCUCAUAGAGGCCCAAGGUUAAGCAGUGGCAGAGCCUGGAUUUGCUGCCAGGAUGAGAAGACUACCUUGGGUGGGGGCAGAGGAAGCUGCAGUGAGGAUGAAGCAGAACCUUCCAGCCUGGGCACAGACUGGGGAGCUGUAAGGACAACUCUCAGAGACAGCACUUCUGGCACCAUGGCCUGCCCAGACAGAGAAAACUUUAUAGAGGCUAUCAUGGAGUAUCUCCAGAACAAAGAGAACCUAGAGGAUCUGCACCGCCUGCUGUCUGAAGAUGAAGAGUGGGAGAAACUUGUGACCGAGGCUGAUUUGUCCAGGGAUGAGGUGAAUGAACUCCGUGAAGCUCUGAAGGAGCUUGCAACUUAUAUGUCCAUGGAGGACAAAGAGAUGCCCCAAGAAGACCAGCUGGGUAUAGAGUCGCUUUUGAAUGAGUUUCCCCAGAUGAAAAUGGAGCUUGAGGAGCGCAUACAAAAGCUGUACGCUCUUGCAGAUGAGGUUGACAAGGUUCACAGGGACUGCACCAUCUCUGAGGUGGUGGCCAGCUCCACUGGGGCUGUCUCUGGCAUCCUGACCAUCCUUGGCCUGUCUCUGGCACCUCUGACAGCAGGGGUCAGUCUGGUGCUCUCGGCAACUGGGAUAGGGCUGGGAACAGCGGCUGCCAUAACCAGUGUUUCCACCAGCGUUGUGGAAUUCUCAAGCAUAGUGUCUGCAAAAGUCAAAGCCAGCCAGCUGUUGGCAACCGAUGUCAACAUAGCAGAUGUGGGGAAGGAGGCUGUGGGUCAGAAUAUACCCAACGUUGCUUCCCUAAUAAGCAAAUGUUCCAAAGCCCAGAAAGUCAUUGGGAAGAAUGUCCGUGCCAUCAAGUUAGCCAAAGACAGCCCACGCUUAGCAGCCACCGCCAAGCGUCUCAUGACCACUGGGAAGAUCUCAGCCCGAGGCAGUAAGCAGGUGCAGAAAGCUUUUGAAGGCACCCCUCUAGCAGUGACCAAAAAUGCCCGGAUCCUGGGCACAGCAGCUGCAGUUGUCUUUCUUGCGAUGGAUGUGGCCAGCCUUGUGCAAAAGUCAAAGCACUUGCAUGAGGGAGCAAAGGCAGAGUUGGCUGCAGAGCUGAGGCAGGAGGCACAGACACUGGAGAAGGAGCUGGAGCAGCUCGCCCAGAGAUACGAGAGUCUGCAGCUGGGCCUGGCCCAGUGACUCUCCAGGGCAGUGCAGAGGUGGGGGUGGGGGGUGGACAAAGGCAUGGACAAAAUGGAGACACUUUAUUAAAAGGAAAAAGAGGGUGAGAUGGCAACUGGAUGUUAAGGGGUUUGGCAUUUCUGUAGCUGAGCACUGCAAGGAAAGUGUUAAUGCAGAUGGCAACUGGGUCAAAAAGGAAGUGGAACACCAGAGUCCAGAAUAAGGGGCAGGGGAGCCCAGGAGUGCUGGGAAGGGGAAGAAGAAGUCCAUUUUGGACUAAAGAAUACAUUGUGGGGUGAAUAGAGGGAGGUGCGAAGGAACAAGCAAUGAGAAAAUCAGAAAAACAAAAGAAUUGAAAAUGGGAGAAGGCCAAGAACUGUCUGAAUAAGAAGAAACAGCCGCUCCACUAACAACCUUCUCUGAGGUUUGAUGUCCCAGUAAGAAUGAGUUUUCCUGCCAGGCCUGGAAACACUAGCACUCUGGGAGGCCAAGGCAGGAGGAUUGCUUAAGCUUAGGGGUUUGAGACCGGAGCGAGAUCUCAUUUCUAUAAUCAGAGAGAGAGAGAAUGGGAAAGGAAGAAAGGAAAGAAGGAAGGGAGGGAGGGAGGGAGAGAAGGAGAGGAAAGAAAGAAGGAAGGAAGGAAGGAAAGAGACAAAAGAGAGAAAAGAAAGAGGCUGGGUGCCCGUAGCUCAGUGGUUAGGAUGCCAGCCACAUGCUCCGGGGCUGGUGGGUUUGAACCUGGCCUGGGCCUGCUAAACAAAGAGAAAGAAAGAAACAAAUAGCUUUGCGUUGUGGCAGGCACCUGUAGUCUCAGCUACAUUGGCAAGAGAAUCGCUUGAACCCAAGAGUUUGAGGUUGCUGUGAGCCAUGUCAUAGCUUUGUCACUCUACUGAGGGUGACAAAGUGAGACUCUGUCUUGAAAGAAAGAAAAGAAAAAGGAGGGAAGGGAAGGGAGAAAGGAAGGAAGAAAGAAAGGAAGAGAAAAAGAGAAAGAAGGAAAGAAUUAGCUGGGCCUGGUGGUGUGCACCUAUGGGCGGAAGUGCUCUGGAGGCUGAGGCAGAAGGAUUGCUUGAGCCCAGAAGUUUGAGGUUGCUGUGAGCUAUAAUGACAUUAUGGCACUCUAGCUGGAGUGACAGAGCAAGACUGUCUCAAAAAAAAAAAAAAAAAGAAGAAUGAAUGAAUGAAUCUUUCCCUAGUGAUCGCCUCUAGUCCUAUCUUUCCAGUAUCAGCUAACCCUUAUCUUUCAUUGGGUGUAUUUGUCAGUGGCUUCUGGAUGGUGAUAAUGCUGAUAGUGAGGAUGAUGGUGGUGGUAGAGGACUUAACAAGUGGCUGGCCCUCCUUAGGACCAGGAUACAUGGAGAAAUUAAUGAAGUUCCAAUGAAAUUCCAAAUGCUAUGUUGGAAACUGGUUGAUUUGGGGAGAAAAAAGUGAAACCAGGGGCCAGGCAGAGGUUGAGGAAGCUGUGGCAUGUUGAGGAGAUUAAGCAGCCUGGGGUCAAGAGCCAAAGCCUCUCUGAGCCUCAGUUUCCUCAUCAGUCAGGGAAGGGGAUGCUGGAGAAGGUAUCUCAGAUCCGUCUGGCUCUCCCCAUCUUGUGUUCUAUAGUCUUUGGUUCAAUAAAUACUGGCUGGCUC